AAAAAAAAAAAAAAAAAAGAAAACCAGGGCACUCACACAAUCUGGGCUGGGUCUGCUUGCUGCUUACAAGGAGAAGCUCCCCUGUAUUCAUGGUGCUGCAGUGACAACCUGAACACCUUUUUUUUUUCCUUUCCAUCCCUUUUCCCCUGUACUUUGCACACAAGGAAGGCUCAUGUCUUUCUUAUAGACAUGAUGAGCUCGGUGCAUUUGAGGACUUUCCUUUUUCUGGUGGUCUCAGUUGCUCAGGUUUUGAUUGUUUCAUGUCAAGACGGGACGAGCGGAGAUGACUCGAGCUGCACUGUGGACGGCCAGUUCUACACAAACAAGGACAUCUGGAAACCAGAACCAUGCCAGAUCUGCGUCUGUGACAACGGUCAGGUGCUCUGCGAUGAAAUCCAGUGUGAGGAGACCAACUGUGAGAAGGUGAUGAUCCCGGAGGGCGAGUGCUGCCCCAUCUGUAAGACUGAUUCAUCCACCAGCGGCGGGACGGACACCUUUGGUGGUGGCAGAGUUUAUCGGGGCCAGAAGGGAGAACCUGGGGAUGUUCCACUUGUGACUGGUAUCAGAGGCCGUCCUGGAGCUAUGGGGCCUCCCGGCUCCCCAGGAGACAGAGGACCUCGUGGAAACAAAGGAAGGCCUGGACUGCGGGGCCCUGCGGGAUAUGAUGGAGAGCCUGGUAUACCAGGCCAGCCUGGUGAACCCGGACCUCCCGGCCAUCCAUCACACCCAGAGGGGCUUGGAUCCCAGAUGGCUCAAGGCUUUGAUGGAAAACAAGGACCCCAGGCCAUGCUGAGUGGCUCCAGGGGUGAGGAUGGACCAAGAGGACCUCCAGGGCCAAAUGGCUCACCUGGUCAUCCAGGACCACAAGGACCUCCUGGGGAUGUUGGUGAUCCUGGACAAAUGGGUCCACCAGGGCAAAGGGGACCAGAGGGCCCGCCAGGGAAACCGGGAGAAGAUGGUGAAUCAGGCAAAUCAGGAAAUACUGGAGAAGUUGGAUUCCCCGGAUCAGCAGGGUCUAGAGGAUUUCCUGGUACACCUGGGCCUCCUGGCCUGAAGGGUCAUAGAGGUCAUGCUGGGCCACUUGGCCAAAAAGGUGAAACCGGAACAGUUGGAUCCAAGGGUGCUACUGGGCCCCCAGGUCAAAUGGGAGCACCUGGUCCCAUGGGUCCUGCUGGGAUGCCUGGGGAGAGAGGGCGCCUUGGACCUGGCGGUAUAGCAGGUAAGCGUGGUCCACCUGGUAAUCUCGGGAAACCUGGUCCAAUGGGCCCCUUGGGUCUCAGUGGCCCACCUGGAUAUCCAGGAACUCCAGGCAUGAAGGGACAACCUGGCCCCACAGGUGUCCGGGGCCCAGAAGGCCCACAGGGGCAGAGAGGAGAGACUGGUCACCAGGGUAGAGCUGGACCAGUUGGCAUCAGGGGACCCAUGGGUACAGAUGGAGGCCCAGGUUCCAAAGGACCAGUGGGUAACAUUGGUCCACAAGGUCAAGGUGGGAAUCUUGGACCCCCUGGUCCACCAGGUCCUCAGGGUAGCACUGGUCAGCCUGGUAUCAAAGGACAGCUGGGAGAUGUUGGUGUCCCUGGUUUCAAAGGAGAGGCUGGACCCAAAGGAGAGCUUGGUCCCUCAGGAUCCCAGGGAGUGAUUGGUCCCCAGGGUGAAGAAGGAAAGCGAGGAACACGUGGAGACCCUGGCUCUGUUGGCCCUCCUGGUCCCGUUGGUGAAAGAGGUUCUCCUGGGAACAGAGGGUUCCCUGGUGCUGAUGGCCUGCCAGGACCAAAGGGUGCUCAAGGAGAUCGGGGCAUUUCUGGGCCACCAGGGCCAAAAGGUUCUCUAGGAGACCCAGGGCGUCUAGGAGAGCCUGGUCUUCCAGGUGCAAGGGGUCUCACUGGUACCCCAGGAGUCCAGGGAGCAGAGGGAAAGCCAGGACCGCUGGGUGCUCCAGGUGAGGACGGUCGUCCCGGCCCAGCGGGGUCCAUUGGAAACAGAGGCCCUGCAGGAACCAUGGGGGCACCUGGCCCUAAAGGCUUCAAUGGUGACCCAGGAAAGACAGGUGAACAAGGAUCUGCAGGAGUGCCAGGUCAAAGGGGUCCUCCAGGAAAAGAUGGAGAGGUUGGCCCUGCUGGCCCCCCUGGUCCACCUGGGGUUGCAGGGGACAGAGGAGAGCAGGGACCACCAGGUGUAAACGGCUUCCAGGGUUUGCCUGGAAAUCAAGGCCCUCCAGGAGAAUCUGGUAAACCAGGUGACCAAGGAAUUCCUGGAGAACUGGGUCCUGUGGGUCAAAUCGGACCAAGGGGGGAGCGUGGAAUUCCUGGGGAGAGAGGAGAAAUGGGUCCAACUGGUCUGCAGGGCGCUAAGGGAAUUCCUGGUGCACCUGGUCCAGAUGGGCCAAAGGGCAACCCUGGUCCAACUGGUGCUCUGGGUGAUGUGGGUCCUCCUGGUCUUCAGGGAAUGCCAGGAGAAAGAGGCAUCUCUGGUCCUCCUGGGCCUAAAGGUGACAGAGGAGCUGUUGGUGAGAAAGGAUCAGAAGGUACACCUGGAAACGAUGGUGCAAGAGGAGCCCCCGGUCCUGUUGGCCCACUAGGACCUGCUGGGCCUAGUGGUGAGAAGGGAGAACCUGGACCCAAAGGACCAGCUGGACCUCUAGGAUCAAGAGGAAUGCCUGGAGGGAGAGGCGAUCCUGGCCCAAUUGGUGCUGUUGGAUUUUCUGGACCCCCAGGUCCUGAUGGCCAACCUGGAGUCAAGGGAGAGCCUGGAGAGCAAGGCCAGAAAGGAGAUGCUGGUUCUCCAGGACCGCAGGGUUUAGCUGGUGCUCAUGGACCUCCUGGGCCAGUUGGUGUUGCUGGACCAAAAGGAGGAAGAGGAACACAGGGUGCACCGGGUCCCACAGGUUUCCCUGGAUCUGCAGGAAGAGUUGGACCACCAGGCCCACCAGGUCCAGUGGGAGAACCUGGACCUCUGGGACCUCCAGGAAAAGAAGGUCCUGCUGGACUUCGGGGAGAUCAUGGACCUCCUGGGCGACAAGGAGAACAUGGACCUCCAGGACCACCAGGGAGUCCAGGAGACAAAGGGGACUCUGGAGAGGAUGGCCCCACGGGUCCUGAUGGACCUCCAGGACCAGCUGGAACUACAGGACAGAGAGGCAUUGUGGGUCUUCCCGGUCAGAGAGGAGAGCGUGGGAUGCCGGGUCUUCCUGGACCAGCGGGUCCACCAGGAAAACAGGGAUCUCCAGGAUCACCUGGAGAUAAAGGCCCCUCAGGUCCCGUCGGUGUUCCUGGUGCUAACGGACCUCGUGGUGAUCCUGGUCCUGCUGGUCCUGCAGGUUCUGACGGACCACCUGGAAAGGAUGGUGUUCUUGGACAAAGGGGAGACCGAGGAGAUUCUGGUCCAGAGGGUUUGAUUGGUCCUCAGGGACUUCCUGGACCUCCUGGUCCUGUUGGUGCAACGGGUGAUUCAGGAAGAAGAGGAGAGGCGGGCUCAAGAGGACCUCAGGGUCCACCUGGAUCAGCUGGAAAGAGAGGACUAGUAGGACCCCAAGGACCAAGAGGAGAUAAAGGUGACCUGGGUGACCAUGGCGAGAGAGGGCAAAAGGGGCACAGAGGCUUCACUGGUCUGCAGGGUCUUCCUGGACCUCCAGGUACAACUGGUGAACAAGGAGCUCCAGGAAUUGUUGGACCAAGCGGCUCGAGGGGGCCUCCUGGACCUGUUGGACCUUCUGGAAAGGAAGGAUACAUGGGUCAGCCGGGGCCAAUGGGACCUCCAGGAACCCGUGGACUCAGUGGAGAAAUUGGACCAGAGGGCCCACCUGGAGAGCCUGGACCCCCAGGCCUUCCUGGUCCGCCAGGACCUCCCAUGGCGGCGAUGGAUGAUCUGUUUGGAGGCCCACAGGAUUAUGAUUCUGGGCCCCCUCCCCCUCCUGAGUUCAGUGAGGACGAGGCUCUGCCCAACAGCAACUCCUCCACCAUAGUGUCCAUUGACCCCAGCGUGCAGGCCACCCUGAAGGCCCUCAGCAGCCAGAUUGACAGCAUGAAGAGCCCAGACGGCAGCAGGAAACACCCAGCCAGGACCUGUGAUGACCUGAAGAGAUGCUACCCCAUGAAGCAGAGCGGCGAGUACUGGGUGGAUCCAAACCAGGGAAGUGCAGAGGAUGCCAUCAAGGUUCACUGCAACAUGGACACUGGAGAGACCUGCAUCUCUGCCAACCCACCCAGCAUACCCCGUAAAGUGUGGUGGAGCGCCUCUAGGAGCAAACCUGUGUGGUUUGGAGCCGACAUCAACAGCGGGACACAUUUCACAUACGGGAACAGAGACCAGCCGGCAAACUCUGUCACGGUGCAGAUGACUUUCAUCCGCCUGCUCUCCAAAGAGGCUGCCCAGACCAUCACCUACCACUGCAAGAACUCUGUGGGCUACAUGGACGCCAAGACUGGUGAUCUGAAGAAAGCUGUGAUCCUCAAAGGCUCCAAUGACCUGGAACUCAAAGCCGAAGGAAACAACCGCUUCAGAUACAUGGUGGUGGAAGACACCUGCUCACAAGCAAAUGGCAACUGGGGAAAGACAGUGUUUGAGUACAGGACACAGAAAACUGCAAGACUUCCCAUUGUGGAUAUGGCCCCUGUGGACAUUGGUGGCCGAGAUCAGGAGUUUGGCAUUGAUAUCGGACCGGUGUGCUUCUUAUAAAGUCGUCAGCAGGGAUGGAGCGAGGGAGAUUUCUGAGACUGUUGAACUGACAGCUGACACGAUCAGCCACGUUGUACAUACCAGUACUGGGGACUAUUCUGGCCCUGUGGCAAGAUAUUUAUUGUGCCUUUCAACCCAGUUCAAGACAUCAAAGAUUUGUAAGUUAGUAUGAAUGUUUGGAUUUUCCAAAAACCAGUUGGCAAAAAUUCUGAAUCAUUCCUUUGUUGUCUUGUGUAUGUUUGACUUUAAGCUUCAGGCGUUGUGAAGAUCCAAAAAUCUUUAAAUUAAUUUCAAAAAUCGCUGCCAAAGAAUCUAAAAGAUUUCAAAUGUUACUUAAAACUGCUGUUUAUAAGCCCAGAACAGUUCCAGUGAAGCCGUGUCCAGUAUCCCGUCAUGCUAUUUUCUUUCAUUUUCUUUUAAAGAUUUGCAGAUUAUUAGUAUUUUUAAAUAUAAUAAAUUGUGGUGCUAUUGGUGAGAAACGGUUGCUCAGAGGUGCAUAGUCAAAGAUCUGAUGUCUUUUCCCAGUUAUUCUGAACUCUGGACCGACCGCGAGGACAAUUAGGUCUGUUGAUAACUCAGUGUUAGCUACCUCGUCCGAACUGAGAAAACAAUGACACUACAUGUAAAUCUUUUUCAUUCCAAGGUGCUGUUUUGUAAGUUGUGUGAUCUUUGUGCACUUCUUCCAGGCCCGUGGUACAGGGCAGGGUUUGGGGAUGCAAAUAAAGAUCUUUUUGUCGAUGGAGGGAGGAGUGAGAUGGUGUGUGGUGAUUGGUGACAUUUUAUUCCUUCAUCGUCAGUAUGGUCAGCUAGCACAAAAUAUCCUUUUUUUAAAUGCAUGCCAUUUCCCCCUUCGCAGUAUCCUGGACUUAUAUGCUCUUGAAACCCUUCUUAUAAUCAGUUUUAUAGAACAAGAUGGCUUUGAGUGGCUGUUUGCUUUGUAUUUCUUGCUAUGCAACAAAUUAAACUAAAUGCUUGAUUAUC